CUCCCAAAGAAAAAAAAAAAAAAAGCUUUUUUAAGGAGUGUCCAUCUCCUCUCUCCUCGCUCUCUUCUCCGAUCUACGAGCUCCCCGAACCAUAACCCUAACCCUAAUCGGAGAUUUCAGUUCCCUCAAGCUCGAUACGAAGCUCUCUCCGGGGCCCCCUUCCGCCAUUGCCGCGCUUCGCGGCGAUUUCGCCGCGUCUCGUCACUCAUAGUGAGGAAUUCCUCGAUCUCUCGUCUUCGUUCAACAUAGGGCUUCGAAAAAAGCGGACCUUUUUUUUGUGUUUAUUUUCUUUUUCGUGCGAUUUUUGGUCUUGCAUUGCGAGUUUGGGGAGCUCGGAACUCUAAUUGCUGGGAUUUUGCACGCUUUGGGGAGUGGCAUCGGGGUUUCCUUCUCCUGUGGCAUUGGGGCUUCCUUCUCUAAAUCUUUGGAGCUAAGGAGUUAUGGUUUGCGUUUGCUACUGGGAUUUGUGAUUUGAGGAGAUUAAAGUUGUUUAAACGACGAAAAAUAGCAAAAUCUUGUGAGCUUCAGAAAUUUAGUGUUAGGUUAGGGUCUUUGUAAUGGGAAAAAAGUUUCUUGGUCGAGAGGGAGUAGAAAAUUUUGGGGCUUUAAGAAAAGGAGAUAAAUCUUGAGAAAAGCUUGUAGAUUUGUGCUCCUAUAGUGUAAUCUUUGAGAAGGAAGUUAACUUUUUGCGGUCAAACCUUCUCUGGAAGUUGUAAAUCAUACUAUUUCGAACAAACUUAUGAAGGUCGACGUCGUUUACUCUCUUCGCUACUUACCCUACUUACCCAAGUUUGGAUUUUGAACUGUGGUAGAUACCUCUGAGAGCAGAAAAUUGAAACGUCGACCUUCCUUUCUCUGUGAUGGUUGAGCUCUAGUGCUUCUGUUUACCUUUAAUUUUUUUUUAAAAAAUCACCUUUGGAGAUUUUGAAGGUGAAAUGAAUAGCAAAAGGAAGAAAGAAUUGGUGGGUGAGGAUAAUAGGCCCAACGAUAACCGAAUCUCUUCCUUACCCGAUGAAGUUCUGGAAUGCGUUUUAAUCUUCCUAAAAUCCCACAAGGAUCGCAAUGCUGUAUCUCUUGUAUGCAAAGACUGGUAUCAUGCUGAGCGGUGGAGCCGAACCCAUGUGUUCAUUGGCAACUGCUAUUCUAUUUCCCCAGAAAUGGUUGUUCGUAGAUUUCCAAACAUUAGAAGCCUUACUCUAAAAGGAAAGCCUCGGUUUUAUGAUUUCAAUCUUGUUCCUCCAAACUGGGGGGCCGACAUUCAUUCGUGGCUCGUGGUUUUUGCCUCGGCUUAUCCUUCUCUUGAGGAGCUUCGGCUUAAGAGGAUGACUGUUACAGAUGAUAGUCUCGAGUUUUUGGCUCGGGCUUUUCAUGGGUUUAAAUCUCUUUCUCUAGUGAGCUGUGAUGGUUUCAGCACCAACGGCCUUGCUUCUAUUGCGGCUUAUUGCAGAAACUUGACCGAGCUUGACAUUCAGGAGAGUGGGGUUGAUGAUCUUGGUGGGAGCUGGUUAAGUUGCUUUCCUGAUAGCUUCACUUCAUUGGAAUCGCUUAAUUUUGCCAACCUUCAUUCCGAGGUGAACUUCGAUGCCUUAGAGAGGCUUGUCGCUAGGUGCAAGUCGUUAGAAGUUCUCAAAGUAAAUAAGCAUGUAACACUGGAGCAGCUUCGAAGGCUACUCAUAAAAGCACCGCAACUCACAGAACUCGGAACUGGUUCAUUUUCACAAGAUCUUAAGCUCCGUUCAUAUACAGAACUGGAAAGUGCUUUCAGCAACUGCAAGGAUUUGCACACAGUUUCGGGCUUGUGGGUAGUUUCUUCAAUGUACCUACCAGCAAUAUAUCCUGCCUGUUCGAAUUUAACUUUCUUAAAUUUGAGCUACGUGGCUCUGCUAAGUACCGACCUGGCAAAGCUUCUGCUAAACUGUCCUCUUCUUCGCCGUCUAUGGAUUCUAGAUACAGUUGAGGACAAAGGGCUAGAGGCAGUGGCCUCAAGUUGUCCCAUGCUCGAAGAACUACGGGUUUUCCCAGCUGAUCCUUUUGAUCAGGAAGCUGUUCUGGAAGGUGGUGGUGGUGGAGGGGUCACAGAAUCUGGAUUUGUCUCCCUCUCAGAGGGUUGCCGUAAUCUCCACUACGUCCUCUUCUUCUGCCGCCAGAUGACCAAUGAAGCAGUUGCCACGGUCGUCCGUAACUGCCCUAACUUUACUCACUUCCGCCUCUGCAUAAUGAACAUGGCUCAGCCUGACUACCUUACCAAUGAGCCCAUGGAUGAAGCCUUCGGUGCGGUAGUCAAGACAUGCAAGAGACUCCGGAGGCUGGCUGUUUCUGGCCUUUUGACUGACCGGGCUUUUGAGUACAUUGGGGCUUAUGCUAAGAACCUGGAAACCCUAUCUGUGGCCUUUGCUGGGAGUAGUGAUAGGGGAAUGCAGUAUGUCUUACAUGGGUGCCCUAAGCUUAGAAAGUUAGAGAUCAGGGAUAGUCCAUUUGGGAAUGAGGCCCUGCUAUCUGGAAUUGAAAGGUACGAGUCAAUGAGGUCGCUUUGGAUGUCGGCUUGCAAUGUGACGAUGAGCGGAUGCAGGGUUUUGGCGAGGGAGAUGCCGAGGUUGAAUGUGGAGGUCAUUAAGGAGGAUGGUAAUGAUGAUGUGGCGGCAGAGAAGGUUUAUGUCUACCGUUCUGUCGCGGGACCCAGGAGUGAUGCUCCUCACUUUGUUCUCACACUUUGAUGGUCAAUCUUUUUUGGUAAUGCUCUCUUUUUUUUGUUUCCUCUCAGUUAAAUGAUUAUUUGCUUGCUUCAUCAAACAGAUUCUCCUUUAUAUUUACACUUUCUGAGAUAUAUUUCAUUUUAAUUCAGAGAAUAAUGUUAUUGACUAUUAGCUUGUUUGGUGAGAUUGUUGCUGAUAAUUUUUCCUUAAUUAUGCUCCUCAUUUAUGUAAAAGGGAUUUGCAUCUGGUUCAGAACCCAUAGGAUGGGUAGUUCGAGUGCUUCGGGGAACAAGAGGUAAUCUCAAGAUUAAAGGUUGAACGAAAGGAAGCACAUGACUCCAUAAAGAUCUCAGCUAGUGUUUCAUACUGUCUCUGACUCUCCUGGGCACGGACUAUUCGUGAAGUGCCUUGAUUUUACAUGUGCUCCUGUAUCUCCAUCCCUGAUUGUGUGUUUUGGCGUAUAUUUCUAGUUUAGCUCUUUUGACAUUAUGCUAUAUUCAUGGUAAUGAUUGUGAAAGUUUUGCACGAAAUAAAUGACAAUGGAGAUUUAUAUUGUUGGAAAUCACUUGAAAUAUGAACUGCUGCAAUAUUACAUUCUAUGUCCGAUCAAUUUUCAUAGAAUUGUAUUCUUGCUUCAAAUAAACUGAUUUAUCCUUUGAAUAGAUUCUCGCCCUUCUUUUUUAUGCUAUCAACUAACACAAAUUUUCAUGCUUCUCAUUUCUGCAGAUACAAUCGAGAGAGUUACACUUCUAUUAACCCAGAAAUAUGUAUAAAACCUCAGAGCGACAAUAUAAUUCUUCUCAUUACAUUUUCUUUUCUUUUACAUAUCAAGUCCCUGCCUCCUUCCUAAAAAAGGGUAAGAUAAAAAGUUAAUCUCACGCCUUAAAUGUUUCCAUGGGUAACAGUCGGCCCAUGUUGGCUUCAGGCGCUGUUCCACCUCUGAAUAGCAAGAUUGCAAGGCUUCCUAUGCUGAAGUAUAUAAAACAGCCGCAAUGGUGAGUCACAAAUUAGCCAAAAUCUCUUCCUACAAUGCAUUGCCACCCUGGUCCGUGCGAACUGUCAAACUCCUGUGAUUACGCAAAUUUUAUCCACCAGAGCAAGGAAAGAGAGUACAGAAAAAGAGAGUAAAGGGAAAAAGGAAAAAGGAUUACUAUUUACUGUUUGGCACUGAAAUUGUGAAUAUUUACCUUCUUGAUGAAGCGAGCUAUCUCAGUGGAGUCUGUGACAUCAAACUCAUCAAGGGCCUUCCCAGCCAAGUGGAGCGCGUCCUGCUGCAUAGUUUGCAGCAUGUCAGUAUCUUCUAUUACUGCCUUGCUCUCAAGCAUCUUCUUAACUCUACACUAUGUCAAGAACAAAGAGGGAAGUAGUAAAGUGGUAGAAGUAAUGGAAGGGUGGUAUUGAAUUAUAUAGAAAUGGCGGUAGAGAGACGAGAAGAAAUGGAUAGCGUGGGCGGAGGCUACACGUCGAGAGAAUUCUAGGUUUGUGGCCGCUGGUUGAUGUUCCAGAAUAUGCCAUGUGGCAGCCACUCCAGAAGAGAUGGACAGGGCCCAUGGGAGCAAAUGUGAGAUUGCGGAGCUGUACAUUGACAGGUGCCGUUAUUUUAGUGGUAAUCCUAUGUAAUAUGGGAUCAGUUUGGAACAUGUUGGCCGGUGCCUGGCCCUUAUCACUCCUAGUGUGAUUGUCUCCUUCCUGUGGAGCAACUUGCAAUUCUUCUGCCAUUUUUAUGUAAUCGAGUGCUGAAUUAUCUGGUAAUUCUGUGAGGAUAAUAUCUAAAACUUAGAAAAAGAGAAAACUAUUGUUUCUUCUUUUAUAGACAAGGUAAAUUUAUGCUUUAGGACUUCUACUUUGUCAUUUAUCACUAUUAUCCAGAUUCCUGAGACUAUGGAAAAGGUCGGUGAAAAAGAAUCGGGGGAUUGUUUUGAGUGGAAAAUUUGUUCCUAGAAGGGAUAAGAUAAAGAUUCCUUACUAUUCAGAAUUGAAAGAGAUUGCCAAGGAUUGGAAGGCGAUAGGAGUGGUGGUUGUUAGUACGGAUUCAUGGAUUUUUCGACAAAGUGCGAAGGACAGCGGAAUGGUAGCAGCAAGAAAGUUGAUCAAUUGGAAUCUUAGUGUAAUAUGGUGGAGUGCUUUUCCUGGUAUAAUGUCAAUUUGUGGACCAGCUUUCUGAUAAAUCAGUAUGGGGCUGAAGAUUUGCUCAGAUUUUCUGCGCUUUUUCCGUUCAAGCGUAAGAUUUCUUGGAGCUUCACUCUGUUCCCUUCUUUUGUUGUUAUAGUUGUAUCUUUGCUUUCUCCAAAUCUAUCUGUGUUUUAGAACAUUUUUAAUUUGAAUCGAUUUUUGUUUCUCAA